AGUGAUAAUUUUGAAUUUGAAGGUGACCAAGCUAAAAUAUCUAUCAUGAAAUUCAAAAAUGUUACUCAUGUUAUAUUUGAUAUGGACGGACUUCUAAUAGAAUCAGAAUCAAUUUAUGAUAAAAUCAUCAAUGAUAUAGUAGUAAAGUAUGGCAAAGAAUACACUGAAGAUUGCAGAAUCAAAGUGCUAGGGACCCCAGAGCAAGAUACUGCAAAAAUUGUGGUUAAAGAACUUGAUUUGCCAAUCACUCCAGAUGAAUUUCUGGUAAUUUACAAAGAAAUGCAGAAAACUGAACUCCAAAAUCCAGUAUUAUUACCAGGGGCAAAAGAACUAGUAAAAUUUCUGUACAAACAUGACAUACCUAUAGCUGUGGCUACAUCCUCCUCACAAGAGUCCAUGGAACUUAAGUCCAAACCACACCAAGAAGUGUUCAAAUUGUUCCACCACAUUGUAUGUGGUAGUUCAGAUCCAGAAGUUGAGAAUGGAAAACCUGCACCUGAUAUAUUUUUGAUUUGUGCAUCCAGAUUUCCUGAUAAACCUGAUCCUUCUUCAUGCCUAGUAUUUGAAGAUGCUCCAAAUGGUAUAAAGGGAGCCAUAAGUGCAGGUAUGCAGGCAGUGAUGAUACCAGCACCAUAUAUACCUCAGAAUUUGAGGAAAUCUGCUACCAUAGUCCUUAAUUCUCUCAGUGAGUUCAAUCCAGAACUCUUUGGUUUACCUCCAUGGGAGUAAAGAAGGGAUCAUUUUAUAUUACCUAGAUGAAUUCAUUUGUUUGUCAAUUAGAUGAAACUGCAUGACUGUACUAUACAGAAGAAAAGUAAUAUGAAAAAUAUUCAAAGUGUUAUUGUUUUCAUCAUGUUUGCAGGUACAGUCAAAAUUUAGCAUCAGUGAUAUUAGUCCUAACUGCAUAGCUAAUUUAUUUCUAUUUAUAAGGUUACAUAAUAUACCUAUAGGUAUUGAUGUACCUAUAUCUCAUAAUGUAUCUAACAUAUUAUGGAGCUUUAUGUGUUUCAAACAUUUUUGAAUUGAUAUUGUAUUUUUAUGCCUUAUUUUAGGAUAUAAUAUUGAAUUUCUAGUCAUUUUUGUUCAAAAAAAAAUUAUCAUUUCCUUAUCUGUAUUAUCUGACAUUGAACUUUAAAUACUAGGACAAAUAUAGAUCCCUCUAACUCUAUGGCUUCUACUAAUAAUAGGUAUGAAAAGUGUUGCCUAGCAACCAAUACACUUGUAAUGCUAGGAUUAAAAUGAUGAAAUAUGUCAUCAAUUCAUUUUUUAAAAACAGUUUUCUGGGCACAAAAAUGCUAUGUUAUAUCACAUUGGAAGUUUUCCAUUUGUUUGUGUUUACCACUUUUUAUCCAAAUAGAUAAUUUCAACAAGUAUUAUUUCAGUAUUGAAACUAUGAAGAAAGAAAUGGUUGCAGAUUUCAAAUUUUGAAAUGUCAUGUGAUAUUGAUAUUGCAAAACAAAAAGUACCUAUACAUUAAAUGUUAUA